CAAAGAAGCACAUGUGUGUAUUCGUUCAACAACAAUAACGCCGACACAUAAUCUCGAGCCGUACAGUGCGAAGAAAGAUGCAGCACAAAGUCCAAACGAUAGCAAGUAAUUACUCAGAAAGGAGGAGGACGGAGGAAAAGGGGGGGUAUCUCUAUUUCAACCGACGAAUCCCGCAAGCUAUGCAACCAACGGCUACCUUUGACAAAUAUUGUCAGAUCUUGGAAGAAAGAAAGAAAGAAAGAAAGAAAGAAAGAAGCCAUGUAAAUAUAUGCCCACUGAUUAUUAUCCCAUCACCCAUUCAUACACGAUAAACAGCCGUUCCCAGAGCCAUUAAACGGUGGGAAAAAAAAAACACCAAAACCCCAUGUACAUGUGAAUAUGCCUAGACGAAUGCUGUCGCAAACUAUGCCACCUUUGAAGAAACGGGUCAAAAAAAAAGAAAAGAAAAGUAUAUCCAUCCGGAUGCAAGUGGAUUCACUGCAGCUUGAGCAAAGCAACACAAGCCAAACAGCCCACGGCCAGCACGGUGCCCGAGACUUCUGGUCUCUUGAUCCACGAUCGGAGUCCUAGGCCCGGCUUGCGUAGAGAGGUAUGACGUUGCGCCCUACGCAUGACGUUUGGAUCAAUCAAGC